GUUUGUUUUAUUUUGAAGGUAAAGUGCUUCCUGUUAGCUUAUGGCUAGCUUCACAGUUUUCUUCUCCGGUCCGCCGGGGUGGCUCCAACUCCAGUCACUGUUCUUUUUUUGUUUUUUUUCCUCCAAGAUGGAGGCUUUAGGAGGCUAUCCCACCAGGUCCUCCGGCCCCAAAGCUAAAAGGUUGCGGGUUCUGCUGAGCAUGACGGUCGGUGUGGGCUGUUUGUUCCUCCUGCAGACCCAGCUGGUGAGACCCAGAAAACCCGAGGACUUUUAUUCCUUUGAGGUGAAAGACGCGAAGGGGAAGACGGUUUCCCUGGAGAAGUACCGAGGGAAAGCAUCUUUGGUUGUAAACGUGGCGAGUCGCUGCGAGCACACGGAGUCGAACUACAGGUCUCUGCAGGAGCUCCACCGGGAGCUGGGCACGUCUCACUUCAACGUGCUGGCCUUCCCCUGUGGACAGUUCGGGGACACGGAGCCCGGGUUCAGCCGGGACAUCGAGGCGUUCGCGAAGUCCACCUACAGCGUCACCUUCCCCUUCUUCAGCAAGAUCAAAAUCCUGGGCUCAGAGGCUGAACCUGCCUUCAGGUUCCUCACAGACUCUGUGCAGAAAAUCCCCAAGUGGAACUUCUGGAAGUUUCUUGUAAAUCCUGAAGGGAAGGUGGUCCGGUUCUGGAAAGCGGAUGAACCCAUGGAGAACAUCCGACAGGAAGUCGCGACUCUGGUGCGGGAAAUCAUCAUAAAGAAACGGGGGGAGCUAUGAUGAUGAAUAAUGAGCGUAACGCCACUUGAAAUCUUACGUGUCCUGCUCUGAAAGGCAGGAACGACUGAACUGUGA